UGCAUUCCCUUCGCCUGGAACCACAGCGCUGUCGGUGACGUCAUGAACAUGGAGGACGACUGGAUCGGCACGGUUCCUUCCGAGCAGUACGGGGUCUACCUCGACUACUGCCUCCUCCUCGUGUUCGGCGGCAUCCCCUGGCAGGUGUACUUCCAGCGUGUUCUCUCCAGCAAGUCGGGUCACAAGGCACAGCUCCUCUCCUACGUGGCAGCGUUCGGUUGCCUCAUCAUGGCAGUGCCACCUGUCAUGAUCGGUGCCAUCGCUAAGGCCACAGCCUGGAACGAAACCGACUUCGAGUGCGAGGCCCCCGACGCCUGCAUCACCAGCGAAAACACGGCCAUGAUCCUCCCCUUGGUCAUCCAGUACCUCACGCCCAGCUUCGUCUCCUUCAUCGGCCUGGGCGCCAUCUCAGCCGCCGUCAUGAGCAGCGCCGACUCCUCCGUGCUCUCCGCCGCCUCCAUGUUCUCGAGAAACAUCUGGAAGCUCAUCUUCCGCCAGAAUGCUAGCGAAACGGAAGUCAUCUGGGUUAUGAAGUUCGCCAUCUUUAUCGUGGGUUUCUUGGCCACGACGCUCGCCCUCACCAUCCCUUCGAUCUACGGUCUAUGGUACCUCUCGUCGGACCUCGUGUAUGUCAUCCUCUUCCCCCAACUCCUGAUGGUGGUUCACUUCAAGAACCACUGUAACCUCUACGGCUCUCUGGGGGCGUACAUCGUGGGCGUGCUCGUCCGUUUCCUGGGCGGAGAGCAGAUGAUUGGGAUCCCGCCUCUGAUCAAAUACCCGAUGUACGACGAGGAAUCCGGGACGCAGCUGUUCCCCUUCCGUACGCUGGCCAUGGUCCUGUCCGGGUCCACGCUGGUGUUCUUCUCGUGGUUCUCCAACUGGGUGUUCUUCUCGGGCACGCUGGCCCCCAAGUACGACUUCCUCCGGUGCGUCGUCAACAUCCCCGAGGACGUGCAGACGGUCGGCGAUCCGCACGAGGGCGAGAUGACCGUGAUGGCGUGUCACUCGGUGGUCAAGUACAACGCCACGGAUGAGAUGAACGGCCGCGUCAACCCGGCGCUCAGUCUGGGCUCCGACAGCGACGAGGACAUCCCGGCGCCCACGACAGCGACGCCCGACGGCAAGGUCAAGAAGCGGCUGGUGGGCGAGAUCAUCUCCCCGCCGCCCAUCACGUCGCCGAAGAAGCAGGACCAGACGAAGCUGUGAAGGGGGUAACGUGUGCUCCGGCGAGUAGCUGACGAACCCAAAAACAAACAAACAAACAAAACAAUAACAACAAAACUUUAAAAAAACAAACAAACAUAUAAAACAUAGAAGGCAAUAAAUGUGACCCAAUGCAAAUGAAUGAACCUUUUUAGUACACAAGUCCAGCGUGACUUGAAGACUUUGAAGUAGUUAGGAAAGCUGCAUUUGUUCCCCUUCCCCCUACAUCGUCUGGUAAGCAAAUGUAGAUGAAAAUAGCUCAGUUUUUAGACUUUAAGAUGAAAAAAAAACAUGUAUUCAUGCAUUGGGAAGAUCUUCGAAGAUCACAGACCAAUAGAAGACGAAGAAGAAGAAAGGAGAAGAGAAUUUUAUCAUGAUAGACCUCUAUAGACAACAAUGUCCUGUGCCUAGCUAGUUCCACCUGUCUGACAGAUUUGGUGAAAUUCCCUGGAUUAAAAAAAAAUGUCGAUGUCCGUAGCUCCUAAUACCACACGCUAUGUCUCGUUAUCCGCUAGCUACACUUUCCCUCGUGGACGAUGGACUUCUCUCAAAUUCCUUACCUAUUUUCUUCCUCUCCCUCCGCUCCCUCUGGUCAAUUCAUAGAACGAAGGAAAGAGGAGGAAGAAAAACAAACCGUCUUCAGUUUUUUUUCAUUUUUUAAGUCUUCUUCUCCCUUGUCGAGUUUUCAAUUCUCGU